UUCUGAGAAAAAACCAGUCAUAUAAUUACUGCAACUGCUAAGUGCUAAGCAAAGUUGAAAUUUCACUUUCCAAUUGGUUAAUCUCUCAGAAAAGCAGCCACAAAUUAACAACCCUAUUUAAUAUUCCUUCUUCACCAAGUAACGACAACGUCUCAAAAUUUCGAGAAAAAGAGAAGAAGAAAAUUCAGAUAAAAGGGAAGAACACAAAAAACAGAGAUUUAUACAGAAAUCUGAAAACCGAGAGGCCAGAAUAAUUUACAGAGGGAGAAAUGAAUGGAGGGACGAGAAAUGAAGAAUCUGAAGCGACCCAUAAGCGCGUCUGUGAUUACUGUGGGACUUCAAUGGCGCUGCUGUACUGCAGAGCCGACUCAGCCAAGCUCUGCUUCUCCUGCGACCGCGAGGUCCACUCGGCCAAUCAGCUUUUCACAAAGCACACUCGCUCGCUGCUCUGCGACGCAUGUGAUAAAUCCCCUGCCUCCAUUUUUUGCACGACGGAGGGCUCUGUUCUGUGCCAGAACUGUGACUGGGAAAGCCAUAAUCUUACGUCGUCGUCGGCUGCGACGGCGGUGCACGAUAGGAGGCCGCUGGAGGGCUUCUCUGGGUGUCCUUGUUUGAGUGAGCUGCUUGCUGUUGUUGGGUUUGAGAAUAUGGAUAAAAAGGCUCUGCUUUUGAGUGAUGAGGGUGGUGGUGGCGGCGGCGGCGGCGGCGGAGGUAGUGGGUUCUGGGGAUGUGGGGUUGGUGGGGUUGAUGGGUUUUCGGAUUUGGAAGAAGGGUUUUCGGACUUUCCAGUUUGGGAUACUCCCUCUGUUGUUAGUCUUGAUGAUUUGAUUGUUAACAAUCCGGCUUACAAAUUUCAGGCCAUGGGAGUUCCUCCUCUGCCUAAGAAUCGCAAUGCUGCUUGCGGUCAGCACAAGGAAGAGAUACUUAAUCAGCUUCGUGUGCUUGUCAAGUCGGAACCCAACUUGUUUGGUGAAGAUGUGGAUGUUAAGGGAUUCCAAUCCCUCGCGUCCGAACAAAAUCCGCAACCAGGACGUUUCUUCACAGGUUUUGAACAUGAUGCAGAGCCAACUGCGUUUCCUGCUUAUGAGGCCCGUGAAUCGCAGUAUAAUGAUUGCGGCAAGACGGAAAAUCAAGAUUCGUGCCCGAAAACCAUGCUAAGGAGCUACCUUCAGGACUGCUGUGUAGUUCCUGACAAACAUUCAUACAACGAUGGCAGUGGAAGUCGUUCUAAUGAGGGUCCUGGAGGGGAAAUGAAGUCUGGAGCCUCUUCAGCUUUUCCAAAAGUUGUUCCACAUUGUCAAAACAGAGAGACCGCUCUCUCGCGGUACAAGGAGAAGAAGAAAACAAGGAGACUUGUUGAACCUUUUGUGGGGGAUCAUCCGACGUUUUGAUUGAUCGAUGGAAAAGUUCAGAAUUGGGGGAAGUUAUGAGGUAUGAGAAGCACAUCAGAUACGAAUCGCGGAAGGUUCGAGCAGAAAGUAGGACGAGAAUUAAAGGACGUUUCGCGAAGAUGGACAGCUGAUAGAAUGGCAAGAAAAUGUGACAUUUAGACAAAGACUUCUCUUUCCUCAUAUUCACGCAUUGCCUUCGUCUUCAAACAGCUUUGACAUUCAAAUCAGAUGAGGAGUAUAUAAAAAGAGUUCGUACUGAGAUUGGUUCGGAUUAGAAGUUAGAACAUUUUGCAAGAGUCGGCAAAACAACUGCUAUGCAGUCCCUGAGAAAAUUAAGAUGCUAUUAUAGUGAUUAAGGAUUGUUUAUUAUUAAUCUUGUGUUUAGGUUUUGAUGUUGUAGUUUGGAUCCUUUGUUUGCUAGUUUCUGAAAAAUAUAACAUCUUGUACUUACUUGUAUUA